AUGGCUUCCUCACCCGAAGUAAUAAUGGUUGAAUUCGAGGGAGACCACCCGCAAGAUUGGCCCAAACUCCGAAAAUGGUCAAUCAUGAUCACACUAGCGAUAUCAAUGUUCUUGAUGUCACUAUCAUCGACGAUAGUUGCGCCCGCUGCUGAUGUGAUCGGGGAAGAAUUCCAUACGUCCCCUGCCUUGAGACCAAUGGCUCUAUCCCUAUUCCUGCUUAUGUACUGUCUUGGACCGGUCUUUGUUGGGCCGUUGAGUGAGCUACACGGCAGAUGGCCGAUUAUCCAGACCGGUAGCGUGAUUUAUCUUGCUUUUAAUACUGCGGCUGGGUUCUCGAGGAGCAUGACCCAGCUGUUGGUAUUCCGGCUACUCAGUGGAGCUGGCGGGAGUGCUUCCUUGGCUGUCGGAGCCAGUAUGGUUGGUGAUGUAUUCCGAAAGGAAGAGCGCGGACUACCCAUGGCCGUGUGCCAGAUGGGUCCAAUCCUAGGAUCAUGUCUAGGGCCUCUCGCUGGCGGAUACAUAGCCGAGUACACCGACUGGCGCUGGGCAUUCUAUGCCACGUCCAUAGCCGUGGGAGUCUUUCUAGUUCUGAGCUUCAUAACAGCGCGAGAAACCUACGCACCCAUUCUCCUCCAGCGGAAGAAAAAGACAAUGAUGGAACACGCGGUCAACAUGAAAAAAGAACAAUCAUUCGUCUGGAAAACACCAUACGAAAAAGAAGGCGAGACGUUCAUCCAGCUCUACCGACGAACGCUAUUCCGGUGUCUAUACUUCCUGGGCACACAGCCAAUCGUGCAAGCACUAGCAUGCUUCUACGGCUAUCUAUUCGGACUAGUCUACCUCCUCCUCGCCAGUUUCUCCGACUUGUGGAACGACCGAUACCACAUGCGACUGAGCACAGGGACACUGAACUACGUCGCGCCUUGUAUCGGGUAUCUCCUCGGAGCCCUAAUUUGCGCCCUUCUUACAGACCGUGUAUAUCGGUACCAAGUGAACCGAAAUAACGGCGUAGGGAAACCCGAGUUCAGACUUCCCAUGAUGAUUCCUUCAUCUUUGCUGGUUCCUAUCGGGCUUCUCUGGUAUGGCUGGUGUGCGGAGUACAAGACGCAUUGGAUACUGCCUGAUAUCGGUGUUGCGCUGCCGUUGUUAGGCGCCACUGUCGUUUUUCAGUGCGUGAAUGCUUACCUUUUGGAUACUUAUCCAGUGUACGCUGCCAGCGCGAGUGGUUGUGUGUAUAUUGUUCGAGGAUUGGCGGGGUUCGGUUUUCCUUUGUUUAGUCCGACUUUGUAUUCGAAUUUGGGGUAUGGAUGGGGCAAUAGUCUCUUGGCGCUUGUGGCUUUGAGUCUUGGGUGUCCUCUUCCGUUCAUUUUGUGGAGGUAUGGUGCGAGGCUGAGAGCAGCGAGUAGUUACGCGGACCAUGAAAAGUAG